AUGUUAUUCCCCUUAUCAGUUAAGGUAUGACUUAAAGAUUGCAAACUUGUCGUUUUAUUUCUACCGGUUUUAGAGAAUGUCAGCAUCUUUCCUGACAACAGUUACCUUUGUCGGCUACAUAUUUCACAUCUCCUUCGCCAAUGAAGAGGAAAAUGAGGCCAAGGAAAGAUAUGCAAUCAUUGAGUUCAGUUGGGAAGAAGUAAAAGUGCCCAUGACUAUAGUCAUCUGGCUGUUCACUGCUUGUGUUGCCAAGAUCUGUAUGUGUUUUCGUUAAAGCUUCAAGUGGUUUAUUUUAGUGUUCCAUGUAUACAAAAAAGUAUCGGAAAUGUUCCCGGACAGUUCUCUACUGAUCUUGAUUGGUCUUCUCAUCGGAAUUACUUUGAAUGCCGCACAUGUAAAUCGAAGCGAAUUCUAUCUGGGAUCCCAGGUCUUUAUGCUCUAUCUCUUACCCCCACUGGUGUUUGACGCCGGUAUGUUUCCAUACUGGUUUUAAUUAUGAUUAAGGAUAUAACAUGCCAGCCCGGGCAUUCUUUGAUAAUAUUGGAUCCAUCGUAACGUUCGCCUUAAUUGGGACUGCUUGGAAUAUUGUUGCGAUCGGUAACCGAAACCAAGCCUGUCGUUAUAUGAUCGUCUUUGUAGGUGUCUCCUUGUGGUUGAUUAGCAAAACUGGCCUCUUCUCCGUGGAUAUGACUUUUUGGGAUCUUCUUUUAUUCGGUUCAUUGAUUGCAGAUGUGGAUCCGGUGGCUGUAAUUGUCAUCUUCGAAGAGAUGAACGUGAAUGAAUUACUGUUCAUCAGUGUUUUCGGUAAGGUUUAAAUUCGUCGAGAAACAAUAUUUUCAGGGGAAUCUCUUCUAAACGAUGGUGUCUCAGUGGUAUGUUUCUUUGAUUUAAUUUGAAUGUUUUAGGUUCUGUAUCGUAUGUUUGUAUCAUUCGUGGAGAUUGGCGGUGAUAACCUGAUAACUCAGGAUUAUAUCUAUGGUGUUAUUAGCUUUUUUAUCAUCGCUAUUGGCGGAACGGCGGUCGGUAUUUUAUUCGCAAUGCUGACUGCGUUUUUGACAAAGUAAGACGAUCUUUCACAGACUGUGCAUGUCUCUAGAUACACAGAUAAUGUUCCUAUCCUGAACCCCGUCUUUGUUUUCUUGGUGCCGUUUGCUUCCUAUUUGGCUUGCGAAAUGUGUGGAUUAUCAGCCAUUAUGGCGUAAGUAUUAUAAUACGAGACGAAGUUGAUGGGAAUUGCAGUAUCGUGUUCUGUGGCGCUGCUAUGAAGCCAUACAUCCGAGAGAACAUACCGAAGGACGCGUUUAAGUCUAUUCAUUACUUCGUUAAGGUUUUGGCGCUGGCUAGCGAGACUGUGAUCUUUAUUUUCCUCGGACUCUCCACAGUCUCCGCCAAUCAUCAUUGGGACACCGCAUUCAUCGUGUUGACUGUUAUCUUCUGCGUAAUUUACCGAGCAAUUGGUAGUCGAUUCUCACAGUUAUUUCUAUUUCUAGGUGUUGUUGUAUUGUGCUGGAUUCUAAACAAGUUCCGUUUGAAGAAGUUCACUAAAGUUGAUCAGUUCAUUAUUGCCUUUGGGGGCCUUCGAGGGGCUAUUGCGUAAGUCUUGGUUGUACUUUUGAUUAUUCAAUUUCAGAUAUGGUCUGGUUGUGGCUCUUCCGGAUCACCUACCUGCCAAAAAUAUGUUUGUGACUGCGUGCAUUGUUGUUAUUUACUUUACAGUAUUCCUGCAAGUAAGUAAUAAGUAGAAUUAAAGGUAUUCUUCAGGGAAUGACGCUAAAACCGAUUGCCAAUGUCCUACAAGUCGAACGAAAGCAAGUAUACGAAAAAGGAAUGGUCGAAAAAGUACAUGAAAAUGUAGGUUAUGUAAACAAGCACUAUAUAUUCCCCUUACAAUUAGUUGAUCGAUCACACAAUGAUUGGAGUGGAAUUGGUAAUAGGGAAGUACGGACAUCAUUGGAUUCGGAACACGUUCGAGAAGUAUAAUAUGAAGUACUUCCGAUCAUUACUUAUCAAGAAGAAGGCUAGAAGAACCUUGGAUAACAGCAAUUUGGUUAGAGUAGCCAAUCGUCUAGAAGCCCAAGAUGUUGCCGAAUUUGCGGAAAAGAUCCAAGACUGGUACGACCAAACGAGGUCAAGAGGAAGUACCACGACAUCCAUGGCUGGAGAACGAAGAGAGGAAAUAGAUUUAGACGAAGUCAACAAGAUAUUCCAGGAGAUAAAGGAGGAGAGAAGUAACAGUAGGGUGUAA